CGGGUUGGAACCGGUUGAGACACAGUUUUCCUCAGCAGCUCCAAUAUCAAAGUUACAUUUGUACAUCGGGAUCUUGUUCUUGUGCCUGCAGUUCAGUAGUGGUCAGUUGUGUGCUAGUGGAGUGCCGUUUUGGGGAAGGACCAGUUCCGGUAAAGAGACGAUUCAAAUACAACAAGACAUCAUGAGUUCAACCAACUUGCGAGUAUCGAGCCAUUUGGGACUCGGAUCAACUAUGAUGCAUUGGGGUCUUAUGGUACUCAUGGUCGGAACCGUAGUACAAGCAGCUGAUCAACGAUUUUGUGGGAAGCAACUGGUGCUCACCUUGUCGAUGCUGUGUGAUGAGUUUCCAGAUCUGCAUUACGGUGCUAAAAAAUCUAUGAACGACUACGACAAAGACUACAGCACCGAUGAGUGGCUAGCCAUGAUAGGUCAGGAUCCGGAAUCGAUUAUGUCCACGGAUUUGAUGGUCCCGCACAUGGACCAACAAACGGUGCAGCAACAGCAAAAGGUUCCGCUCUGGAUGGCCAUGAUGUACCCGCAAGGCUACGGAUUCAGAAGCAGCGCUUCCCGUAACGAUCUGAUUCCACCCCGUUUCCGCAAAAGCCCCCGAGGAAUCGUCGAUGAAUGCUGCUUGCGACCUUGCAGCAUCAAUCAGCUGCUGAAAUACUGCAAAACUAUAGCCUAAAUCUUUAGAUGGUAAACCGAGUGCCUGCCAGUUGCCGGUUUGUCUCCGGAAUAUUAGUCAUCAUUCACUUCUUGUAGUUGUUAUAUUUGGUAAAAGAGGAAGCGAUACCCAAGGUUAGGUUUUACAAUGGGUGAAGAAACGGAUCUCAUACAGGUGUGUUGUUUAGUCAUGUGAUAAUUGCUGUGAACGAGUAGGGCGAUUUGGAAGAUUUUUGAUGCACCGAUAAUAUACGUACAAAGCUAGAUUUUAUACUAAUAGGAACGAAACUUUUUGUAAUUAAGUCCAACUGAUGGAUACAAAAUGAUUUAUAUUGCUGUUACUGUGU